CCCUCUUUUCCAUUUUCCUUUUCCGUUUCUCUCGCUUUAUAGUUAUUCUAAGUUUUUUUCUUCUUCUAUCCGCUCUCUCACUUGAUGGCGCCGGGAAUCGGAGGCCUGCAGCUGACUUCCCUCGCCGGCGACCGGAGAACCGCCGCCGCCGACUCCGAUGAGCUGGAGGACAUGCGGCUCUUGGACUCCUACGACGAAAUCAACGGCGGAGCGAGGCGGAUUCAGGUGGAGGUUACCGGAAUGACCUGCGCUGCCUGCUCUAAUUCCGUCGAAUCAGCUCUCAAAUCACUCGACGGCGUCAUCAGCGCCUCCGUCGCGCUGCUUCAGAACAAAGCCGACGUCGUUUUCAACACGGCUCUGCUCAAGGAUGAAGACAUAAAAAAUGCAAUUGAAGAUGCUGGGUUUGAAGCAGACAUAUUACCUGAAUCCAGUACAGUUGGAAAGGUGCCACAGGGAACCCUGGUGGGACAGUUCACAAUUGGAGGUAUGACAUGUGCAGCAUGUGUAAAUUCUGUUGAAGGUAUUUUAAGAAAUCUUCCAGGGGUCAGAAGGGCUGUGGUAGCUUUGGCUACUUCGUCAGGUGAAGUUGAAUAUGAUCCCAGUGUAAUUAGUAAAGAUGAUAUAGUCAACGCAAUUGAAGAUUCUGGUUUUGAUGGUUCAUUUAUACAAAGCAAUGAGCAGGAUAAAAUAAUUUUAAGGGUGGUUGGUGUGUACAGUCUGAUUGACGCACAAGUUUUAGAAGGCAUUCUUAGCAGCACAAAAGGAGUAAGACAGUUUCAUUUUGAUCAGGUUUCAGGUGAAUUGGAUGUUCUGUUUGAUCCUGAAGUUCUCAGUUCUAGAUCCGUUGUUGAUGCAAUCCAGGAGGGAAGCAAUGGAAAAUUUAAAUUACAUGUCAGAAGCCCUUAUACAAGAAUGGCUUCUAAAGACGUUGCAGAGACCUCAACCAUAUUUCGGCUAUUCAUCUCCAGUCUGUUUCUUAGUAUUCCUCUCUUCUUCAUGAGGGUAGUUUGUCCUCAUAUUCCACUAUUCUAUUCCUUGUUACUUUGGCGAUGUGGGCCUUUCCUCAUGGGUGAUUGGUUGAAAUGGGCAUUGGUGAGUGUCAUCCAAUUUGUGAUUGGUAAGCGCUUCUACAUUGCAGCCAGCAGAGCUCUUAGAAAUGGUUCUACGAACAUGGAUGUCCUGGUUGCUGUGGGAACUACUGCUUCUUAUGUUUAUUCUGUUUGUGCUCUUCUAUAUGGUGCUCUUACUGGAUUUUGGUCUCCAACUUACUUUGAAACAAGUGCUAUGCUCAUAACAUUUGUAUUGUUGGGCAAGUAUUUGGAAUGCCUUGCCAAGGGAAAGACAUCUGAUGCUAUCAAGAAAUUAGUAGAACUUACUCCUGCAACAGCUUUACUAGUUGUCAAAGAUAAAGGCGGUAAAUCUAUUGAAGUAAGGGAAAUUGAUUCUUUGCUUAUUCAACCUGGGGACACAUUGAAAGUUCUUCCUGGUGCAAAGAUUCCUGCUGAUGGUAUUGUUACUUGGGGCUCAAGUUAUGUGAAUGAGAGCAUGGUAACUGGUGAAUCCGUACCUAUUAUGAAGGAGGUGAAUGCUUCCGUUAUUGGAGGCACAAUAAAUUUGCAUGGCGUCCUUCACAUUCAAGCCACCAAAGUAGGAUCUGAUACAGUAUUGAGUCAGAUUAUUAGUUUGGUUGAGACGGCCCAGAUGUCCAAAGCUCCCAUCCAGAAGUUUGCUGAUUAUGUAGCAAGCAUAUUUGUUCCUUCGGUUGUUUCUUUAGCAUUAUUGACAUUAUUGGGUUGGUAUGUUGCUGGGUCUAUUGGAGCUUACCCAGAAGAAUGGCUGCCAGAAAAUGGAAAUCACUUUGUUUUUGCCCUAAUGUUCUCAAUAUCUGUAGUAGUGAUUGCAUGUCCCUGUGCACUUGGCUUGGCAACACCAACUGCUGUCAUGGUGGCAACAGGGGUUGGGGCUAACAAUGGAGUGUUAAUUAAAGGAGGAGAUGCCUUGGAAAGGGCUCAGAGGGUGAAGUAUGUGAUAUUUGAUAAAACAGGCACUCUAACUCAGGGAAAAGCCACUGUUACUGCAGCCAAGACAUUCACAGGAAUGGAACGUGGAGAAUUUCUUAAAUUGGUGGCUUCUGCUGAGGCUAGCAGUGAACACCCACUAGCAAAAGCAAUUUUAGCAUAUGCACGCCAUUUUCAUUUCUUUGAUGACUCUUCUGAUACUACUGGUACCGAGAUUGAUGCUGAAAAUGAUGCAAAGUCUGGGUGGCUUUUUGAUGUCUCAGACUUCUCUGCUCUUCCUGGAAUAGGUGUUCAAUGUUUUAUAGACGGGAAGCUUAUUUUGGUUGGUAACAGGAAGUUGAUGGAGGAAAAUGGCAUAGAUAUUUCAACAGAAGUGGAAAAUUUUGUGGUAGAGCUGGAAGAAAGUGCGAAGACAGGGAUACUGGUUGCAUAUAAUGAUAUAUUAACUGGAGUCUUGGGGAUUGCAGACCCACUAAAGAGAGAGGCUUCUGUAGUCAUAGAGGGCCUCCAGAAAAUGGGUGUCACACCUGUUAUGGUUACAGGAGAUAACUGGAGAACAGCUCGUGCUGUUGCCAAGGAGGUUGGCAUCCAAGAUGUUAGGGCAGAGGUCAUGCCAGCGGGAAAAGCUGACGUUGUUCGUUCAUUCCAAAAAGAUGGGAGCAUAGUUGCAAUGGUGGGUGAUGGUAUCAAUGAUUCUCCUGCAUUAGCUGCUGCUGAUGUUGGUAUGGCAAUUGGGGCUGGGACUGACAUAGCAAUAGAAGCUGCUGAGUAUGUGCUCAUGAGAAAUAACUUGGAAGAUGUGAUCACAGCCAUCGAUCUUUCCCGGAAGACCUUUUCUCGUAUUCGAUUGAACUAUGUGUUUGCCAUGGCUUACAAUGUUGUGGCUAUACCAGUUGCUGCUGGUGUGUUUUAUCCUUCACUGGGGAUCAAGCUGCCGCCAUGGGUUGCUGGUGCAUGCAUGGCUCUCUCUUCUGUAAGUGUUGUAUGCUCUUCUUUGCUUCUUAAAAGAUAUAAAAGACCCAGACUUACUACAAUACUUGAAAUAAUUGUAGAAUAAUAAGAAAGGAAUGAAACCUACUAGGGUCGGCCUAGUAGUGGGGAGAUUUGUGUAGUUUGGACGAGAUUUUAGGUUUAAAUCUCGUCAUUAUUGUUCACACAAAAAAGAGAGAAAUAAAUGAGAAUAAUUAUAGGUUUUAGCUUGUGAGGGUACAAAUGACUUUUGAUCGGAACUUCUAAUUCCAGUUUUGUGCAUGUUUCUUCCGUUUCUGCAUUCCUGGGGUGUUGUUGUAAAUGUAGUAGCUGCCAAUUAAUUGUAAAUUGUACUUGGAUUGUAAUUGGUGUAGCACUCUCCCCUCCAAUACGCACAAUUUCACUCCUCUUGAUACGUAACUUCUCCCAUAGAGCCAUAUGUAGGGGACUAUGUGAAUGUGUAUGUGUGCAAAAGUGAAUUUAUAGUGUUUCUUUGAAUUUA